AGGAAGGCCCUGGUGCCCAGUGGCGUCUGCGAGUAAGACGUUUAGGGUGUGUGCUGACCCGAGUCCCGGGCCGGCAUCGUCUGUGGCCGAAACGGCUCCUGGGCCGUGUUUCCUAGUCUGGAACCUUCUUCUGUCUGAAAUGUCUAAUGCAAAAGAAAGAAAACAUGCUAAGAAAAUGAGAAAUCAGCCCACCAAUGUGACUUUAUCAUCUGGCUUUGUGGCUGAUAAAUAUGUAAAGCACCACAAUGGAGGAGGAAAACCUUUCCAACGUAAAAAACAAGAGCCUCAUCUUGGAACAUCACGGCAGCGAUCAGUCAAGAUGAGUCCCCAGUUAUCCUCUGAGCCUGACGUGAACGAACAGUCUUCCUCCAAAAUCAUGUUUAAAAAGAAAGGAGGCUGGAAAGCGGGUCCUGAGGGCACUUCUCAGGAGAUUCCCAAGUACAUCACCGCUUCCACUUUUGCUCAGGCACGAGCUGCUGAAAUCAGUGCUAUGUUAAAAGCUGUCACCCAGAAGUCUUCUAAUUCGCUGGUUUUCCAGACUCUGCCACGGCACAUGCGCCGAAGAGCCAUGAGCCACAAUAUCAAACGCCUUCCCAGACAGUUGCAGGAGAUAGCUCAGAAAGAGGCAGAGAAAGCAGUGCAUCAGAAAAAAGAACACUCAAAGAAUAAAUGCCACAAAGCUCGGAGAUGUCACAUCAACCGGACACUGGCAUUUAAUCAUAGACAAAGGAAGAACAUAUGGUUAGAGACUCAUAUCUGGCAUGCCAAACGCUUUCACAUGGUUAAGAAGUGGGGCUACUGCCUUGGGGAGAGGCCGACAGUCAAGAGUCACAGAGCUUGCUAUCGAGCCAUGACAAAUCUCUGCCUUCUUCAGGAUAUGUCCUACUACUGCUGUUUGGAGUUGAAGGGUCAAGAGGAAGAAAUAUUGAAGGCACUUUCUCAAAUGUGUAGCAUAGACGCAGGACUGACAUUUGCUGCAGUUCACUGUUUGUCUGGAAAACGCCAAGGAAGCGUUGUCCUUUACAGAGCAAACAAGUAUCCCCGAGAAAUGCUUGGGCCUGUUUCAUUUAUCUGGAAGUCUGAGAGGACGCCUAGUGACACUUCUGAGAACAGGCAGCUGUGGAUCUGGCUCCAUCCAACUCUUAAACAGGACAUCUUAGAUGAAAUUAAAGCAGUGUGCCUGUGUUUGGAGCCCAUUGAAUCAAGUGUUUGCAUCCCUAACCCACUACUGACACCAGCCCAAGAAAAAAGCCAGACUGGACCAGAUGAUGAGAAAAUUAGCAAGAAAAGAAAAAGGAAAGAUUACCAGGAUGCUAAGUCAGUUAAGAAAUUGAUCGGUGACGGAACUAGAGACCCCAGUCAGCCACGUUCUUGGGUGUCUUCAGCCACAGGCAUUACAGUCAGUGAUCUGACGAUGGAGUUGAACAGAUUCCGGCUGAUUGGUCCCCUUUCCCACUGCGUCCUGACUGCAGCACUGAAAGCUGCUCUGAUACACACUGGGGAAGCGGACACAGAGGAGACACCACAUCAUUGGUGGAUUGACAGUUGCAAAAGCUCGGAUAGUGUGUCUCUUCAUCAAAGACAAGAAGCUGUGUUUCAGUUGUUGGGAGGGAUAUCAUCACCGGCAGAAAUUCCUGCAGGUACCAUUCUAGGUCUGACAGUUGGGGAUCCUCGAGUAAAUUUGCCUCAGAAGUGGUCCAAAGCUUUGCCUGAUCCUGAAAGGUUCCAAGAUAAUGAGAAAGUUAGACAGCUGCUUCUGGAGGGUGUGCCUGUGGAGUGUACACAUAGCUUUAUCUGGAACCAAGAUAUCUGUAAGAGUGUCACAGAGAAUAAAAUCUCGGACCAGGAUUUAAACCGGAUGAGAAGUGAAUUGCUGGUGCCUGGAUCACAGCUUGUCUUAGGGCCUCGUGAAUCUAAGAUACCUAUACUUUUGAUUCAACAGCCAGGAAAAGUGACUGGUGAAGACCGAGUAGGCUGGGGAAGUGGCUGGGAUGUCCUACUCCCAAAGGGCUGGGGCAUGGCUUUCUGGAUUCCCUUUAUAUAUCGAGGCGCAAGAGUUGGAGGAUUAAAAGAGACUACAGUGCAUUCUCAGUAUAAGAGGGCACCAAACAUCCCAGCUGAUUUCCCAGACUGUCUUGCUGGGUCUCGGGUUGCUAAAGAGCAAGCUAAGGACCUUCUUGAAAUGUACAAAAGACGCCCUCCUGCCAAAAGGCCCAACUAUGUUAAACUUGGCACAGUGACACCUUUCUACUGUCCCUGGGAGCAGCUGACUCAGGAGUGGGAGUCCAGGGUCCAGGCCCAGGAGGCAUCUGAAGCUUCAGCUCCUGGUGGUAAGGAGAGUGAUGCUCCCGUGCCUGGAAAGAUCCAUCAGCCAUCACAUGAAGCAAGCCGGGAGCCAGAAGUCAUGGACACAGAGUGUCAAGACCAGGAAGGGAAUGAGAGGGUUCUGGACCAGGAUGCCAGUGAGAAACUUGUCACUGCCACUGGCAGUCAGCUCUGUGUUCUUCGGAAUAGAAAAUUACUGAAGCAACUAUCGGUCUGGUGCGGUCCCAGCUCUAAGGACAGGCGGACUCCAUGCAGGGGUCAUCAAGACUUGACCAGAGAGGCCUGCCUGUCCAUCCUGGCCCACUUCCCCAGGGCACUGGUGUGGGUCAGCCUGUCCCUGCUCAGGAAGGGCAGUCCCGAGCCUCACACCAUGAUUUGCGUCCCAACAAAGGAAGACCUGCUCCAGCUUGGUCAGGAUCAGCAUUACUGUGGGCCCCAGGAAUCCAGACACAGUGACCCCUUUAAGAGCAUGAUCCUGAAAGCGAAAGAAAAGAAGAAAAUGGCAAAGAAGCAGAACCAAGGAGCCACCUCUUCCGAGGCCCUGGCACCAGGGGCUCCUGCAACUGGGCAAGAAGCUCUGACUCUCGGGCUGUGGUCAGGCCCCCUCCCGGAAGUGACAACGCACUGCUCCAGAACCCUUCUAGGCUUUGUCACACAGGGGGAUUUUUCCAUGGCUGUUGGCUGUGGAGAAGCCCUGGGGUUCGUUAGUGUGACAGGCUUGCUGGACAUGCUGGCCAGCCAGCCAGCAACCACCAGGGGCUUGGUGCUGCUGCGGCCUCCUGCUUCCCUGCAGUACCGAUUCGCGCGAAUGGCCAUUGAGGUGUGAGUGCAGGUUCAUAGCCAGCCAGACCCAGAUCCGGGCUGUGCGAGUCCCACAGUUGGUGAACACCAGCUCUCCCUGCCUUCAUUUCAUUUUCCACAUAUAAUGUGAAAUUGCUUGGAGGCAAGAAUUAAAAUUAUAUAAUUAUGCAAAUGGUGAACUGUUUACAUCAUUCUGGUAACCUAAAUACUAUCCAUCUCUUCCUGUACUUGUGAGAUGUUUAAAUUGUUUAACAUGUGUAACCACACACUUUGUAUCUCUUGGUCUGUGUAAUUCUUGCUGAAAAGUACUAUAAGCUGUACCUUUUAUUAUUCCUUCUUUGUUAGGAACAAAGAGCUAGGAGGUCUCUGAAAAAAACAUGUCACAUGAGCAGCAGUAACUGUUUAAUGUUUUAUUACUGAAGGGGGAAAAAAACUGUAGGGGGUUGGG